AUGACUGAAGUAGAAAAUCCAACAGAUCCACCAGAGCCAAACAGACCAAAUAUCAUGAAGACGAAGACAUACACAAGGUAUAUCCUUGAUGCCUUCCAAAUAUUUUGCAUAGAACGAAGAAAUGAAUACAUGAAAGAACACCCCGAGCUUAAAAAUUCAGAAGUCACGUCGAUUCUCGCCGGUGUCUGGCGGAAUAUGCCGGACAAGGAAAAAGAGUCUUACAGCUCAAUCGCGCGAAAUCUUCAAAACAAUAAAUGUAAAGUAGAAAGAAAAAUUCGCAAAGUUAAAGCCAAAAACAAACCUCCAAAAGACAGUACAAGUCAAUCUAACACAGAAAUAACAGAGCCUGACCCCGAAAUUGAUGUCGGGACUUCAGGAAUUACACUGCCUCCACCUAAAAUUUAUAUUGUAAGUAGGACAGGCAUGGGGGAGGAAAUAUCGGAAGUCAGUUACAACCUAUUACGGAUGCAAGACGAAUAA